AUGCCACAUGACAAAACGUAACUGGUUUCGUAUGCAACCCCUCACGGUAAACUAACUGUUAUAUAUAUAUUCCGGGAGAGAUCUUGUUCUUCCUCUAAAUACAAAACCCUUGUUGCUUGACUGAUACAGAGAUGGUUAACUUGAUUGAAGCACAGAAACCAUUGUUGCGUGGUCUAAUGAAGUUAGCUGGUUUAACGCCACACACAGUAGAGAUUGAGAAAAACACAGUAAUGAACUUUUGGGUUCCAUCCGCAACCCUCAAAGAAAACAAGAAGCCAAACAACAAACCAAUCGUGGUCUUGAUUCAUGGUUUUGCUGCAGAAGGUAUAGUAACAUGGCAGUUUCAAGUGGGUGCACUAACUAAAAAGUACAGAGUAUACGUUCCUGACCUCCUUUUCUUCGGCGGCUCAACAACCGACAGCGCAGAUCGAUCACCGUCUUUUCAAGCUGACUGUUUAGUUACAGGCCUUAGGAAACUAGGUGUUGAGAAGUGUACUAUUGUGGGUUUUAGUUAUGGUGGAAUGGUUGCUUUUAAGAUGGCUGAGAGAUAUCCUGACCUUAUUCAAGCUAUGGUCAUUUCGGGUUCAGUUCUGGCCAUGACUGAUUCACUCGGCGAUGACUGUUUAAAUAGACUGGGAUUUUCGUCUUCGUCAGAGCUGCUCUUGCCUAAUUCUGUUAAGGGACUUAAAGCUCUUCUUUCUGUUGCUGUUCAUAGGAAACUUUGGUUCCCUGAUCGUCUUCAUCGUGACUUCUUAGAGGUUAUGUUCACGAAUAGGAAGGAAAGAGCAGAACUUCUUGAAGGUUUGGUAAUCAGCAAUAAAGAUAAUACCAUUCCGAAUUUCACACAGAGGAUACACCUACUUUGGGGAGAGGAAGAUCAAAUAUUCAACCUAGACCUUGCUCUAAACAUGAAAUGGCAACUGGGAGAUAAAACAACUUUACAAGGCAUAAAGAAGGCAGGUCACCUGGUUCAUCUCGAACGACCAUGCGUCUUCAACAAAUGCCUUAAAGAAUUUCUUGCAUCUCUGUACAAAGUCGCAGAAGAACGAAAGCAGCAAUGAGUUAUCUAUAUUCUGUCUACCCUCAUCAACUACACAUUCUAUUCUGCCGAAGCAACCACCGUAUCAACAAUAUGCCGGUUACCUUUAUGGAAAUUGAUCGAUUGUGUUUUCUUAUUAUAAAUAAGAACUCUAUAAUUCAAGUACUAGUUUGUGCUCCGUUCUUCUCUUAUCUGUUUCUCUUUUUGUGCUCUUUUAGCACCUUUUAAUAAAAUUUAAACCCCGCAAAUUCAAAAACAA